AUGGGUGCCUCGGCUUCCAAGAACUGGCUAGUCGGUGUUUCCGCGCUGGAGCCGGAACCCGAGGAGCCGCUGGGUCUGGGCCAGCUGCCCACGGAGCUGCUGGAGAUGGUGCUGAGCCACGUGCCCCCUCACGUGCUGCUCGGGCGCUGCCGCCGGGUGUGCCGGCGCUGGCGCGACCUGGUGGACUGCCAGGCCCUGUGGCUGAGCAUCCUGGCCCGGAAACGCGCCGCCCUGUGGCCCGUCCUCCGCACCUGCCUGCCCGCCGCCGCCGACGACCCCAGGCCCUGCGUCCUGGGCCGCUUCUGCGAGCUCUGACCCAUAGGACGCAACCUCCUCCGGAACCCCAGGAGCGAAGGGGGGGAGCCCAGGAAAGGGGUCCUCAUGGGAGCCUGGCCAGGGCUGUGGUGGUGUUUGAAAAAGAAGCAAGUGUUGGACCUGGAGAAGGAGGGAUUUUGGCCAGAACUCCUGGAUAGCGGAAAGAUUGAGAUUUCUGUCUCUGACUGGUGGACCGGCCGACAAGGCACUGACAAUAUAUAUCAUCUAAUUAUCCAACUUCUAGAUGCCGACCAGUCCGUCCUGGAUCAUUUCUCUUCUGUGCCUAUGCCCAUUCGGCAGUGGAGAAACAGCACUUACCUCUUUUCCUCCCUACAGGCCAGCCACGUGUUCUCCAACCUCAAGAAGGGCGUUCGCUUUGUGUCUUUUGAAUGCUUCAUCUGGGACUUGGAGUUCAGGAAUGAGCAGUAUGGAGGCUCUGUGAUGAAUUCCAGUGUCACCGUGCAGAUUCUGGAAGCUACUAUAAGAAAGUUCCUCCAUCAGAUUUACUGGCUGCUGCUGCUCUACGGCAGCCCCUGUUUUACUGAGUGGAUACACAGUGAUAAGCACAGGGAAAUGCUGGAUGGUUGUGGAGGAAGAGAAGUCCAUGAAGCCUCACUCCGUCACUCUCCUUCCCUGCCACAGGUCUCCCACGUCUUUACCAACUUUGGCAAGGGCAUCCGCUACGUGUCUUUUGAGCAGUAUGGAAGAGACACACGUUCCUGGGUGGGGCGCUAUGGCGCCCUUGUGACCCACUCCAGCGUGAGGGUCAGGAUCCGCCUGUCCUAGCUAAGCGGCCUGAUCCAGCCUUCCGGGACAGACUGCCAUCUGCCAGACACCGUCAUCAGUCAAGGUCGGCUCUGCAGCCAGGAGCCGGAGGAUGCCCGGGGACAGUGGGGGUCCCGUGUAGCCUGUUCCCGGAAUGUUUCCGGUGAACCCCACUUGCUGCUGCUUCAGCGUGGUGGCCCCCAUGCGAUUCGAGAAACCAGGGAUCCAACCAGGUUGGUCACUUUGCUUCCCCAGCUUCCCAGGGGGAGUGUCAAAGAGUAACUAAGAGACCUGUACUUGCAAAUUUUUUUCUCACAUGUGUGGAGAUCAGUUGACAGACUGAGUGAAAAAACAAAGGCCAAACCAGGAUUUCAAAUAGAGGAAAGCUGCUGACAAUCUUGGACAAGGACUCUUACCAGCAUGUUUUGGGAGCAAGGUGAUUGCCGGCAGGGAGCAGAGAUCCUUGAGGGGACCGACAGCAGCCUCAAAGGGAACUCUUCCUGUUGUUUUAGGGAGUCUCUGGGAUUCGGCAGUGGGGUCCGUGCAACCUCCUCCAGCACCACGCCCAUCAGCACCUCCCUUCUGGGCCAGACUGGCGCCAUUUCUUUCAGAAUUUCUGAGGCCAGUUCUGCGCUGACCCACAAACUGUAUCCUCCACCCCACCUCCUGCCCCUGCCUCAGGGGCAGCUCGCCUCCUGUCAGGCGACAGCCUGCUUUUCUCCACACUUGAGCCCACUUGGAGAUGGACCCCAGGAGCAAGGCGUGCUGUGAAGGAAAGCUCUCCUUUCCCCAACUGAGCGCAGCCAACAAGCUCGCUCAAUAAUAU